AUGGAGCAGCAGAUGAAUAGCCGAGUGCCUUCUGCAAAUGCUCAUACGGUGGAUAGGCCUACUGUCAUGUCACAGGUAAUGCAUAGUGGUCAGCCAAGUGUCGGCAUAACUUAUGCACAGCAUCCGCAAGGGUAUCCUUCACAAACACUUCGUUCUCCUCCGGCUGUUCCUGCACAAACUGGGCCAAUAAUGCAGAAUCCAUCUUCAAAUCCUUCUUUUUAUCAGCAACAAAACGUUUGGGUUCCACAGCACCAGCAACAAAUUAUGUCACAGCAGCGUCCACAGAUAAUGUAUAGUGGUCAGAUGCAUCAUCAUUGGCAAAACAGUCAAUCGCAUCAUUCGCGAAUGAUUUAUCCUCAAACAGAUAGUGUAUCCGAGAUGAGUGCUGGUUCAUCUGGCAGUGUCCAUACAUCUCCUAUGACUAGUCGGAAUGCGUCAAUUGACUAUUCGCCAGCAUCACAGUCUAGCAGCACGAUGUCGCCACUAUAUCAGCAACAACAACCAAAUAUGACCUACCAGCAGCCACCAAAUCAACAAACACCUCCAUCUGCUUUAACUUAUUCGCAGUCUUCACCAUCACAGCAGCAAGUAAGUGUACCUGCACGACCUCAACAACAGCAAACAAUACCAAUGCAAAUGCAGGAAUCGCAGCAACAGCAGCCUCCGUUCUCUGCAGAACAGCAGUGUCUAGAUAUGCAGCCAAAGAGCUGCUUGCCAGUGUUACAAAGUGGAGGUGAUUUUGAAAUGGAUGAUGAACUGGGUGCUAAUAUUGCUGAUGACUGUGGUGAUUACAAUGAUUUGGAUUCUAUUGAACCAAUGACCGAAUCGAGCGAAUUUGGGGCAACGUUGAUGGCUUCCCAUCAACAGCAAAUGCAACAGCGGCCAGCAAAUACUCAGCAACAUAUGCAGCAUCACCACCACCAACAACAACAACAGUACUACAGUCGUAUGUUGCCUCCUCAAAAUCGGUAUGACAUCCAAUCACCAAUGCAGCAUCAAAGUGUUGGUUACAUGAGACAAAUGUGUAGUGAAACUCAAAUGCGGCAGUGUAGUUUUCCGAGUACUCUCGGUCUCUCUCAGCAACAACAAUCACUUUCUCGGGGUUAUUCAUCUCCACAGCAUCAACAGCAGCCACCACAAGGGGCAACCAAUUUAUUUAUGAGCCCACCACCACAACCAAGUUGUUCUCCAAGUCCUUAUACUCCUCGAUCAUCACCCCAAAAAGAUAGCAGCAACUUUACUGCCCGACAGCAGCAGCCGAGACAUAUUGCGGUAACACACCAACAGUAUGCAGCAUCACCAUUGUCGCAGCAACAGUCUAUUCGUACACCACUUAGUGCUCCACCAACUGUUCAUUCACAGUCACAACUGCAUCCAACUUGUGGGCGAAUUGAUGAUUUACGAUCAUCGCGAUCAGAUGGUGAAGCAACACCACGAGCAUCAACUACUGAUUCGAACGUUGCUUCGAUUGAAUAUGACAAAGAUCCGAUCAACUCUACUAUAGAUGCAGUAGUUAUGCGAGCACUUUCCGAUCAAGACAGCUUUUCCUCGACAAGCAUUUCGAAUUAUUUUCGUGGAUCACGGAAUCGUUUAUCAACAAAUAUUCAGUCUUCGACGGCUGAACAGACUGGGACUAGUGACAGAAAAAUGAUGGGUAACAACGUUAACAACAGUAUGAGACCGGUGAAUGCAAUCAAACAUCAACCUGGGCAAUUUCAGAGCUCUCAACAAGCUCAGCAGUUUUCAAACACUGAUGCAAUAGAAGGUUCAGGAGUCGGAGCUAGUGGUUCUCAUAAUGGUCAGGCGACAGGGAAUUCUGCCUUUCCAUCAAGUAAAACGCCAGUUUCUGCUCAGCAGUUAGUUUCUGCAAGUCGUGAAAGUUUUCACGGUGGAAAUAGCGAAAUGCAUGGUCUCACUCUAUCUGCUAGACAACAGAAGGACCAGAGAAUUAGUGAUCGAAUUGGUGAUCAAAGGUCAAACAACACAGCUGAACAUCACCAUUUGACCAACGGGCAUGAAUCACUGAACAUGUUAAAAGAACGCGGAUAUGUUCAAUCAUGCAAUGGAGUGCUUCCGCUAUCGCAGUCAAAUGAUGACGAGCGAAGACUAACGGGUGGGUUGGUUUCAGCAGUGACAAUAACUGAUGUGCAGCAGCCGCAGAGAUCUUCUCCAAAAGUUUCGGGGACAGCAAGGCGUAAUCGCCGUAAGGCAGAUUUAUCGCUGGAAGCAUUGUCUUAUGAUGACGAAGAUGAAAUUACCGUCCCAACAUUUGGUUCGACUCAGUCAGCGUAUCAGGGUCCAUAUAUAAGACGUGUAGGUGGUCCCGGUAGUAUUGUUGUUGGAUGUAGUGGGAACACUCCAACACAACCUCCUUUCGCUAAUAUCAGUGUACAAAGUGCUCAAAAUAAUUUUUCUGCCACAGUGGCUCGGCAGCAGCAAAUGUUGAAGCAGCAGCCGAAAACGUCGUAA